AUGCAAGCCAUCAAGGCGCAACUACACCAACGCCAACAAGAUCAUGCACGACGCAAUGGCCAGCAUGAGAAAGUGACGCCUCAGUCGCUCGAGCAACUCAUGGAGGCCAAGUUGUUGGCGCUUCGAAAGGAACAGGAGCUUCAGCAGACUAUGAACCCAAAGAAGGAUUUGCCACGAUCUUUACCAGAAUUGCCACCGGCGGAGUUUCAGGCAUUGGUCGACCGCACGACUGCAUUGAAGCAUUAUGCCAAGGAAAGGCAUCACUUGGAAAUUGCCGAACGCACGGCAAAUGAAAAGGUGGCGGCUGCGGAUGCAGUAGCGGAAAAGCUCAAGGACCAAGCUAUGGAGCUCAUCCACAACGGCCUCAAUUACUGCUUUGACGAUCGAGCUCUGCUGUGGCGAUCCAUUGUAGCCACACGAACAGAGAGCGAGAACCUCCGCCACGAUGCCAAUGAAACCAUCAGUACACUCGAACAAACCAAACUCGUCGAUCCUUAUGCGCGAUUCAAAACCCUGGUUUUUCCCGAAACGCACACGUCAGAUUCCAAUAUGGCGGCGGAACCGACCGAGUGCGAUGUUUGGCUCAUCGGCCGUCGAGGCGUCAUCGAGACCACAGAGGAGAACUCGGACACAAUCCUUUACUACGGAGCGUACUUUGAAGUGACGGACGGUGUGCAUGACAGUCCAAAGGACGGCAUGCGGUGGCUUCCCUGCUCCGACCACGCAGUCGAACCCGCCCCAGUGGUCCAACACAAACGGGCCACCGUCGACUCAUGGAUCGUAUCAGGUGCUGGCGUGGCGGCUGUGAACGGUAUUUAUGUGUUGUCGGGCAAGUACGAGGGCGCAUCCAAGUACACUUCUAUCAUGGGCCUCGAACUGUUUCGCAAGCGGUUUAGCCUCGAGACGAACGAUUUUGGAAACGUGGAAGAUAUGGCAGUGUCUGGGGUCACCGCGUCGGGUGCAGAGCUGCCACUGCCUGCGAAAUUCCGAGCCAUUUACAACGAACGCGACUUUCGUGUGAUGCAGCAAAUAGGCAGCUGGCUUGCCACGCAAGAAAUGAAGGCGAAAACUAGAGCGGAAGCUAUCAAGGAGUCCCAUCGUAAGGUCCAUCAAGACACAAGUGCAUCGGAGAACGCGAAACAUAUAACUAUUCAACCGAUGCACACUGAGGCUGCCCCGUUGGUGCCUUCGCGACCGCACGUUGUCAGCAGACUCUGUCGGGCGUGGGUGUUGAUGCAAUGCCACGUACCUAUGUGUCCCCAGCGGCACUACUUUAUCUCGCAUCAAGAACGUGAUGCGAUGAAGAAAUGGCAGCUUGCGACGGAGGCGACGCUCGAAUUGGAUAUCUUACGAGCCAUCACAGCCCGUGAAUUGAUGGUCGAGCGGGCUACGGCAGUGGCGUCGAAAGCCAUGACGAAAUACAUGGCUAACCUGCACGUCGAAACGUCCAAGCAAGUUCAAAAGCUCGUCAUGGCGCUGAGUGGGCUGCGCCUCGUCACGGUGCACGUGAUUGAGGCGAUCGAAAAGUGGCGCAAGCACAUCCAGCUCAUGGGACGCAUGUCGACUUUGCACACGACUGAAGCGGACGAAGUCAAGUACGGAUGGAGUGCCUCGAUCACAGUCACAACGGGAAAGCUCCUGUACAAAGGGUCGAACGCAUUCCACUCUAAGGUGAAGCGAUAUUGCCGCGACGCUGAUAUAGACGGCGAAGCGGAAACCCAAGUGCGGUACUUGGGGUACUUUCCGACCAAGGUGGAAGCAGAGAGAGCGUACGACAAUGCGGUUGUGGCAGAGGCCAGGCGCAUGCGCACUACGGUGGACCACAUGCCGAAGAAAAGAUACGUGUUUCUGUCUUGUGGCGUGCAUUUUGCGAUCGAGAGCGACGACAAGAUGUCAAACACAAGAAAGAAAAAAUCGAGAUGCAUCGAGUGUCGAGCUAAAGUCGUCGCGGCUGCCGACUCGUGGAGUCCCACCUACUUGUGGCAUGGCACCAACUACAUCUUAAAAUUGGGCUCCGACUUGGACUUUCUUGAAGACAUCACGCCGCUGAAAGCGCAUGUCGGUAGCAGCUUUCCCCUACUUGGCAAUCCUUUCCUCGUUCCUCAAUCCGCAAUCCAAGACCCCGAGCGCUUCAUUGCCCUCUCUGUACCAGAGACCCAACAGGAUGCCGCCGAAGCUGUCCUGGGGCCCCACCUGACCGUCACCGUGCAUGCGAAUCAAUGCGUGGCAUGGACCAACCCAGACACCCAAGAAACCUUUAUCGCAAGCCCCAACUAUAUCAUCACGACCGCCACAUCGACGCAAACCAGGACGCAGUUCGAAGUGUUGGACAUGCUUCGACUUCAGCGCGCCCAGCAAGUGUUUUUGCACGAAAUCCAGCGCACAAACUCAGCAACCGCAUCAAACGACACGAGUUUGCCAUCCGCUCCGAUUGCAUCCGCGCAACCCAUGGACGAGGUUGCGAUAUUUCGCCGUGUUCAAGCGUUGUACUGGGAUCGCUGUGCGGCAUUGCGCAUUCAACACAUUCGCCCAGCACGAGCGUUCAGGCAACCCAACGUGUGGUGUCGGCUGGAUGCUGGCGAGUGGGCCAACUUUCGCGUGCGGGGAAAACACUUGCGCCACCUUCUCUUCCACAAACAGUUGUACGACACCGGCGCCAAGACUCAUUCGAAUCGCCGCGUAUUCAUUCAGAAAUUGCGAACGUACAUGCAAUUGGGUUGGGAGCAAGUCGACCGGCACGACAUGGAGGCACUUUUGCUCGAGGCAGAAGUGCUCCGAGGCGAUGUGGUGAAACUAGAAACGUCCAACUUAGUCAAGUUCAUGGCCAAGUUCGACCGCAUCAACGACGCAGUCGAGCUAGCUCAGCGGUGGUGGCGACAAGUUGUCGGGAAGUGGAGGGCCCGCGCCAGGACGGUAGCUCUGCGGGUCUUGGCGCAGCUGCGCCUUCAGUUCCAAACGUCUGUGUGUUCAGUGGCCAAGCAAUUUGUCCUCGCUGCUAUAGCCACCGCCUCGCGCAAUGCAUGCUCCGAGAUUGAAAAGCCAGCCUAUUCGACAAUACUCAAGCUGGACGGCGAGCAUGUCGUUGUGACGUGGCACUCGUUGUUCCAUGCAUCGUCGCCGUUAAGCUCUGGCCAACCGUGCUUGUAUUGCCUUCGUCAACCGCAUCAAGCGUCGAUCCACGCGAGCGGGUUCAAAUUCCAGAAAGACCAAGUUAUUUGCUGUUGCCAGGCGGAACACAGCCCCGAACGCGUCCUGGUGCGCGCGUACAACCCAGCAACGAGUGAACUGUACCGAAUCAAGCUUGGGAAUGACCGCAUGCGGCAGAUCCUUCGCCCACGCGUGGAUGGGUUUUUGAGCCGCGCGUGCGAACUCAAGCCGCUGCCCACGGAUCGCAUUCUCAAUUACGACCCCAAGUAUGCGAAAGGGCGACGGCGGACGUGUUGGGAACCGAUAUUUGAAGCGCAGACGGCACAUUCCAUCGCGUUGGGCAUGGAGAAGGCAGCGCAGUGCCAUGAAAAAGUCGUAGAAGCGCUACUGCAGAAAGUUACAGCGUGGCGAGCCCUCCACACAAACAACCUUCAAGUGAAAAAGCGGACGUGGGCGGCAUUCCAGAAGGCAAAGGCCCAGGUUGAGCGAGCGGACAGCGCGCUACAAGAGUCAGUGCUCCGAACCAAGGACGCAAUGGCGUUUUCGGAGCGAGCGAAGACGAGUCUGAUGGACGAGCAGCCGUGGGAUGACCUCGAGAAUGCAAACAACUGGAAGCUCUUGGUGGCUAAGCGAUUGAUUGCUCGAGAGGUUGCCGACAAGGAGGCGCAGCUAGAACUCGCGCGGAUGGAAUGGUUCCAUGCAGAAAUGAACGAAGCCAGCACCCGCGCAUGCACGGCGGAGGCUAAGGUACGGUUCGAGAACGCGGCAGCCUUUGCCAAACGGGUUCGGCUCCGUGCAAAUGAGUUCCGUGCCAUGGCCAACACCGCCCACCUCAUGAUGGUCACAGCACUUCGAACGCUGAGUGGUUUGCUGGCGUUGCGGUUUACAUCGUCCCUGCCGAUUCGACGAAACCUCACCUUUCUCGACACCAAGCAGGAGCACAUCCAUGUCAUGCCAUCCAAGCUCCACACUGUUGUCAGUCGUCGCGGCUUUGACUAUAAUCUUUUGGUGGCGCGUGCAAAGAAGGUGUGUGCCGAGCCAAUUCGCCACACGUGUCCAUUACCCCAGCACUGGAUCGUCCAAGUUCGAACGUUGGCCGAAUCCGCGACGGUCGACACCGGCGUCCUUGUGUCCAUGUACCGACCCCGCGAGAGCCACGUGGUCGACGCAUGGGUGGAAGCUCGAUUUCUCAUGCUCAUGAUGACUCAACUACGUUUCCGUGAUCCGUUGGCCGUUGCCAUUCAAAGCCACAUGAAAACGGCGGCAACACAAACGAUGCACGGCAGCGCAGCGAGUCGAAAGCUGCUCUUGAUGACCGAGUGCGCGCAUGCGCUGAUCCACCUCAUCAAGUUGAAUCCGUUCUCGGGCGCUGUCACGAUCGGGCGUGUCGACUUUUUUCGCGUCCGAGAAGCGCUUCAAUCGAAACUCGUUCAAAGCCAUUGGUGGCACGAUCUGUGCCGAGGCCGUCAGCGCGGACGAGGCGAUGAAGUAUAUCGCCAAGCGACCAAUGUGCACGGAUGCGUGUGCCACGUUGUGAUCCAUGAAAACUGGGGGGAUUUGACUGUGCAGCUGUACGAGCCACGGUCGCGACAGUUCUGGACGUGCAAAGUGCCGUUGGCAGACACAAUUCAUGCCUUGAGAGUGUCCCCGACGAAGCUGCAGCACUGGCUGCUUUGCGUGCGGACAAAUCGGUACAGCGACGCCGUGUUCGAGCCCAUCUUGCAGAAUAUUGUGCUGCGUGGCAAUGCUGCAAUUUUCCAAGUGCGCAAGUCCGCUGGAAAGAUCGUGUAUCGCGGUGUUCGAUUUGUGCGCCAUCGGUAUCUCCUCGUCACGAUGCGCGAAGACAUGUGGCAGCACCUCGUAAUCUCAGCCAUUGGCCUUGACGAGAAGUCGAAUGUUCAUGGCGACAUCCACCUCGACCCGAGCGGCCGCCGAGCGAUGUUUCCGGGGUUGCCCACCCCGACCCAAGCAGAAUUUUUAUCCUUGAUGGGCAUGCUUGCCAUCGAGCCCAAGCCUUUGUCGAUCCGUCUACAGGAUGGCUCUGUGGUAGCUUCUGCUAUCCACGGAUUCAAUGCAUGGGUUAACAAGUCCAAGAGAUGGCGAAAUCCACUGUCGAACGUCGAAGACAAGGACCUGCGGCGUUGGUGUUGCGAUGCGGACUCGACCUACUUGCAUGCCGAGUGUUCUUCUGAAUGGCGCUUGGUCCUUCGGCGAUCGAUUGCGUUUGAGGACACCGUGUCUCCGCUGGUAUACGACCGGCCUGUUGUGUACAUGAAGGAAGGGAAGCUAGUCCACAAUAUCAUCGAAGUUUUCCCACGGCACGGCGCGUUCUUCCUUCGGCUUCGGUUUGUCGAUGUUGUCCGGAGUCGACGCUCUGAGAUGGACGCGGAAGAGGUGUUGACGCGCAGUGCCGUGGCUUUGGAACAGCGACGGUAG